AUGGCUACACCGCCCGAUAGGAAGCCUUUGAUCUUUGAACCACCUGAGUUCCUCGAUGUGCCGCUCGUGCCCAAUGAGAAGGAAGUCUUCAAUGAUAUUGUCGAAAAGGAAUUUAAAGGGGCGAAGGACACGACUGCAACCCAAAUACUUGGUGAUGGGCACACGGAAGCUAUGCAUAAAGCAGCAGUAGAAAAGCGUGUCGACAACUUGAAGGACAGCAAAGGUUUCAAGGAUGCACCCGAUGCUCCAAGCUUCUCACUGGGAUUUACAGACGAUGAGGAUUCUCAAGAAAUGGACAAGGGUCAACUUGCAACAGAAGAUGAACUGUACAGCAUCAUAUGCAGACACACCAGGCACAAAGAGGGCACAAUAUUCUUUGAAUCCAAAGAGAUAACACUUACAGCACAUGAGGUAGCAGCGGGCAUGGUUAUGGGGAGAUCGCUAGGCACCAACGCCAUGCAUCUCGGGACUUACGUGCUGUCACAGGACCCUAGAAAGAAGAGGACAAAGAUAAUGUCCCCAUGGGUGUCGAUCCAAAUGAUGACAGGGCCCAUGAACAGCAACAUUGUCAAGAACGCUUUUGAGUUUCGCGAUUCAAACUAUGAAAUGAUACUCUUUCCCGUGCACCAAGAGAAUAUAGUGCAGCCGGGCGGCGAUGGCCACUGGUUCGCAUUUGCUGUAAAUAUUCCAGAUAAGAAGUUUCAAAUCAUAGACUCUCUAAGGAACAGCGACAAUGCUGAAUUGAGAUGGAAAGCCAAUCCGGUGCGUGCAAAAGUGAUUACCCUAUGGAACAAGUACACAUCUAAGGUUCAGGGGUGCAAGAUUCCCACCAUUUACAACUUUGAGAUGCAGUUCAUUGAGGGGUACAAGCAAUUCGGGAUUCAUGACUGCGGUCUGUUCACCCUCAAGGCUAUAGAGCACUGGGACACAACCUCCCAAAUAUGA